AUAAGUUACCAGAAAUUUCAUUAGCCUUACAAAUACAUUUUACAGGUUAAGUUGUAUCAAAAUAUUACCGUUAGAAAUUGGUGAGUUUAGGAACGCGAAGAACCAGUUCUUUUACGUUCAGCCAGAGAAUAGGAAGUAAAAAAUGGCCAAAUCUAAGGAGAAGAAGAGCAAAAGUGCUAUUAAUGAAGUUGUCACUCGUGAAUAUACAGUGAAUCUCCACAAACGUCUCCACGGAGUUGGAUUUAAAAAACGUGCUCCACGAGCUAUCAAAGAAAUUCGCAAAUUUGCUGAAAAACAAAUGGGAACUCCAGAUGUGAGGAUUGAUACACGACUCAACAAACAACUGUGGUCUAAGGGAAUCAGAAAUGUACCAUUCAGAGUUCGUGUACGGUUGAGCAGAAGAAGGAAUGAUGAUGAAGAUUCUGCAAAUAAGUUGUACACGCUUGUUACAUACAUACCAGUUGCUACCUUCAAAGGUUUACAGACAGAAAAUGUUGAUGCAAGCCAAGAUUGAUUUAUUUCUGAUUAAUAAAUAAGUUUC